AUGGCAGUGAGAAUAAACUGCUCCAUUCAAAACACCUUAACUCUCUUUAAUCCUCCCCUUUUUUCCCUCCGUUAUAGAGCUUCUCCCCUGAAGCUGAAACCCCAAUUCCGUUUCGGUCAAAACUUCUCUCGAGAAGUUUUGUUCUGCACCUGCGCCACCACCGAUAUCACUCCCUCAAAUGCCGAACCCUUCGUCAUCACCACCCCUCUCUACUACGUCAAUGCCCCUCCCCACAUGGGUAGCGCUUACACCACCAUCGCCGCCGAUGCCAUUGCUCGCUUCCAGCGGCUAUUGGGAAAGAAAGUUAUAUUUAUUACUGGCACGGAUGAGCACGGGGAGAAAAUUGCAACUGCUGCCUUGGCUCAGGGGUCAACACCUCCUGACCAUUGCAAUCUCAUAUCUCAAUCUUACAAGACGCUUUGGAAAGAUUUAGAUAUUUCUUAUGACAAGUUCAUUAGAACAACUGAUAGCAAGCAUGAAACAAUUGUGAAGGAAUUCUAUUCAAGAGUGCUCGCCAGUGGUGACAUCUAUCGAGCUGAUUAUGACGGACUUUAUUGUGUUAACUGUGAGGAAUAUAAGGAUCAGAAGGAACUGCUUGAUAAUAAUUGUUGUCCAGUGCACCUAAAGCCUUGUGUUUCAAGGAAUGAGGACAAUUACUUCUUUGCACUGUCAAAAUAUCAGAAGGCAUUGGAGGAAACACUGAAUAAAAAUCCGAAUUUUGUGCAGCCAUCAUUCCGAUUAAAUGAGGUUCAUCUCAUCUAUGAGAUAUGGAUAUCGAAUGAACUGCAAAUGGUUCAAAGUUGGAUCAAAAGUGGCUUGAGGGACUUUUCCAUUUCCCGAGCAUCAGUUGAUUGGGGCAUUCCUGUUCCUGAUGACAAGAGCCAGACUAUAUAUGUUUGGUUUGAUGCUUUACUAGGAUAUAUAUCUGCACUAUCUGAUGAUCAAGAGCAACCUGAUUUACUAAAAACUGUUUCUUCAGGUUGGCCAGCUUCAUUGCAUUUGAUUGGUAAGGAUAUUCUACGCUUCCAUGCUGUAUAUUGGCCAGCUAUGCUAAUGUCUGCAGGACUAACCCUUCCUAAAAUGGUAUUUGGCCAUGGAUUUUUGACAAAGUAUUUGUGUCCAUAG